AUGGUUCCACUACCACUACCACCGCCGCCGCUGCUGCUGCUGCUGCUGAUGUCGGGGGCCGGGUUAGCGGCCGGCCUCGAUGCAAUGGACGGGGAGAUGCCCGCCAAGGACGGCGAGUGCAAACUGAAGACGGUGAGCGUGUCGGCGCUGCCUUUCCUGCGGGAGAACGACCUGAGCAUCCACACGCCGCUGUCGGCCGAGCCCAAACUCCUCUUCUCGGUCAGGAACGACUUCCCCGGCGAGGUGGUGGUGGUCGAUGACCUGGAGAACACCGAGCUGCCUUACUUCGUCCUGGAAAUAUCUGGCUCUUCAGAAGAGAUUCCCCUUGUUCGCUGGAGGCAGCAGUGGCUAGAAAAUGGAACCUUGCUUUUCCAUGUUCAUCAUCAGAAUAUUGCCCAUCGCUUACCAGGGCUCGUCCCAACUAUCUAUUCCCAGACAGAUUCUGCUGAGGAAGAACUCCGUAUCCUCCAUAUUUCCGUGAUGGCAGGGAUGAUCGCCUUGCUAUUGGCAAUUUUGUUCCUUGUGAUGAUUCUGUACACUCGGCGCAGAUGGUGCAAACGGCGCCGUGUUCCACAGCCACAGAAAAGUGCCAGUGCAGAGGCAGCAAACGAAAUCCACUACAUCCCAUCGGUGCUGAUGGCCGGGCAGACUCGGGAGAGCGUGCGGAACACCCGACUGCAGGGUCACAACUCCAGCGGCUCCAUCAGUAUCCGGGAGACGCCGAUACUCGACGGAUAUGAGUACGACAUUGACGACCUUCGCCAACAGCUGCAGAGGGAGUGCAUGAAUGGCGGGGAGGAUUUCGGCAGCCAGGUGACACGGACCUUGGAUUCUCUACAAGGUUGUGAUGAGAAAACCUGUCUGGAUCUCACUCCAGGAAGUGACACCACCAAGCUGUCGCUCAUGAACAAAUACAAAGAGAACCUAUUAGCCACCAGCCCUGUGGACAUCAGCCACCAGCAAACAGCACUGCUCCCACGUAGUGCCUCCGGUGGACAGAGAAAGCGUUUCACGAGUAAAUCCAGAGCUGGCUCUGCCUUUUUGAACCCUGAAGGUGAUUCUGGGACUGAAGCCGAUAAUGAGCCUCAGCUAACAUUCUACACUGACCCCUCUCGCAGCAGGCGCCGGAGCAGAGGUAAGAGAGAAAACUGUUCUCCUCGCAGCCCUAUCAAUAAAACUACCCUUACGCUGAUAAGUGUGAUUGGCUGUGUAAUUGGACUGGUUUACGGCUCACAUCUGAACUGUCCUUUGUCUGUCAAAGUUGUUCUCCAUGUCCCAGAACAUCUCAUUGCAGAUGGAAGUAGAUUCAUACUGCUUUAUGGAAGCCAGUUGAUUGCGAAUGACUGGUUGAAUCCGGCUCAGGUGGUGCUCUAUCACCAGCAGAACAGCAGUGGUCCCUGGAUGAUGGAGCUGUGUGGGCGGCGCCUCAUUGAUCCCUGUGAGCAUGAGUGCGAUGUGGACACAGGUGAAUGUGGUUGCAAGGAAGGAUAUACAAAAGAUCCUGUUCACAAGCAUCUCUGCAUCAGAAAUGACUGGGGCAUAAACCAAGGUCCCUGGCCAUACACAAUGUUUCAGCGUGGUUUUGAUCUGGUGAUGGGAGAACAGCCAUCAGACAGAAUUUUCAGGUUUACCUACACACUUGGGGAAGGAAUGUGGCUGCCGCUGAGUAAAAGCUUUGUCAUUCCCCCAGCAGAACUUGCUAUUAACCCAUCAGCCAAAUGCAAGACCGACAUGACAGUGAUGGAGGAUGCAGUUGAAGUCAGAGAAGAAGCCAUGAUCUCUGCUUCCUUUGACAGCCUUGAGGUUCUCCUCGACUCUUUUGGUCCUGUAAGGGAUUGCACAAAGGACAAUGGUGGCUGUAGCAGAAACUUCUGCUGCAUUUCCGAUCGCAAACUCGAUUCAAGUGGUUGUGUAUGCCCUCUGGGACUCAGCCCGAUGAAAGAUGGCUCUGGCUGUUAUGACAGACACAUUGGUAUUGAUUGCUCAGAUGGGAUGAAUGGCGGUUGUGAGCAACUGUGCCUGCAGCAGACCAUGCCUCUACCAGAUAACCCCUCGCACUACAACAUUGUGAUGUUCUGUGGUUGUAUUGAGGACUACAAGCUAGCUUCAGAUGGAAGGAUGUGCCAGCUGGUUUCUGAAUCAUGCACCAGUGGCCUAGACUGUGCUGAUGCCAGCCUUCCCCUGAACCAGACGCUCUUCAGAGAUCUCUUCUAUGGUUACAAUAACCAGACUAAGGAAACUGCAUUUGGCCAAGUGUUCAUGGGCACAUUCCGACAGAAGAAUGUGAUGAAUGGUAUACCACAGCAGCUGCCAGAUGGAAUGGUUGUAUCAGCUCUACCCAGUGAAAGCCAUUGUCAGGAAUUGCUGUCUGAACCCAUUCCGGAUCCAGAUUACCUCACAGGAAUGGUUAACUUCAGUGAAGUGACUGGAUACCCUAUGGUGCAGCACUGGAAGCUCCGAUCAGCUCAGUACCACGUAAAGCUUAACCAGAAGACCCUCUCUGCAGUGUUCAGCCAUGCUAUCCAUUCUCUGGACGGAGCCACACUGCGGAGUGACUUUGCAUCAGUGCUGGAGGAAUUUGGCAAUCACUACAUCCAGGAGGCUGUCUAUGGAUUUGAGGAGACAUGCACCAUCUGGUUUCCGAAUCGUUCUGUCCAGAGACAGCUGUGGAUGGAAUAUCAGGAUAUUAGCAAAGGCAAUUCACCAUCUGAUGAAUCAGAGGAACGUGAGAAGGAUCCGAAGUCUUUAACCUUUCCUGCGUAUGUUAGCAGCCUUCUUGAUUCCGGUGAUGAGCUGAUGUCAUCAGGGGUGAGGAUGUACUGUGAAAACAGGGGAGGCUGCCCUUCAUCCUGCCACCUAUGCCACCGAACAGGGGGCCAGAACAGGCAAGAAGAGCCUGUCUUACUGGAAGUCACCAAGGCUGCUCCCUUGUAUGAACUGCUGAGUGACAACGAGACGCAGAAAGCCAUCUAUGAGGCAAUGUUGAGCCAGCUCUGGUGUUCAGGAGGUGGUGAUGUUAUCGAUGACUGGUGUCGAUGUGAUUCUACAACGUUCAGCGUUGACGGUCUACCAAACUGUGCACCCCUGCCUCAGCCAGUUUUGCGAUUGUCACCGGCACAUGAGCCCAGCAGCUCAUUGGUGGUUUUGGAAUGGCACCACACUGAGCCCAUCAUCGGGGUGAAAAUUGUGGACUAUCUGAUCAGUUUGGAAAGAGUCACCAUCACCGAUCGCGCAGAAACGUCCAAGAUUGAGACGGAGUCAGUGCUGAGCUUUGUGGAUGACAUUGCCUCUGGAUCCAAGACUCCCUGUGUGAUGUUGGGAAAAGUUCCAGACAAAGUUUCAAACUCUAUAUCUUUGAUCAUCAGAUGCCUGGAGCCUGAUACUACGUACAUGUUUACCUUGUGGGCAGUGGAUAACACUGGAAGACGUUCCAGACCCAGCGCUGUUACUGUUAAAGUACCAUGUCCACUCGUAGAUGAUGUGAAGGCUAAAGAAAUUGCUGACAAAAUCUACAACCUGUUCAACGGCUACACGAGUGGAAAGGAGCAACAGACCGCGUACAAUACCCUGAUGGAUCUGGGCCCGUCCACCCUGCACCGAGUGUAUUACCAUUACAAUCAGGACUAUGAGCACUUUGGAGAAUUCACAUGGCGCUGUGAGGAUGAAUUGGGCCCAAGGAAAGCUGGCCUGAUCCUGUCCAAGUUGGAGGAACUGAGCAGCUGGUGCAGGAGUCUACUGCGAGAGCCCAAGAUCAUUCUGCGGCGGAUUUCCUUGAAGUACCUCUCGUGUCAGUAUAGUGAAAUGAAGCGUUCAGGAAUAAACUGGCAAGACCUGAGCACGGAGGUGAAGAAGAUCUGUGAUGAGCAGUUCCUGACAGUGCUGUACAAUGACUAUGGGGAGCACAAGGAGUUCUAACCAAGGAAUGCCCUUUUGUGCCCACCCACCA